AUGCGAAACAAGCGGAAAUCUUUCAACACCGUCACAAUAGCUUCGACUCGUGCUGACGUCGCUGUAAACCGCAUCUACCGCAGAGUACAGAUUGAUGGGAAGACAACUGGAUCGCCAUGGACCGAAGCUGCAUUCACCCCGUCUGACACUGAAGUCUGCCAACAACGAACCGAUCAACGUUUGUGGAUACUACGAAUGCAACUUCAUCAUCGAUGUUUAUCGGGGAUAUGGUACUUGCCAUGUAGCCGACACGCCGUCGCUGUUGAGCUUAGAUUGGAUCGCCCAACACGAGCUACUGUUCCGUCACUUGACAGAAGGCUCCAUCUGCAACAUCUCUUCAAGGACGCUCAGCACCUUGGAUUCUUCUCUCGCAACACACCUGAAGAAGAAGUUCCCAGCAGUCUUCGCUCCUGGACUGGGUGUUGUACGAAGUCAAAGGCUAAACUCGCUCUGAAGCCUGACUCCAAGCCUGUCUUUCUGAAGGCUCGCCCGGUGCCCUAUGCUGCUAUGCCAAGGAUUUCAACCGAAAUCGAUCGACUUGUGUCUAUACAUGUGCUGGAGCCCGUUGAUCACUCAGAAUGGGCAGCACCCAUCGUCGUUGUUGAGAAGAAAAAUGGAUCGAUUCGCCUCUGCGCAUACUACUCAACCGGACUGAACGACGCACUGGAACAAACCCAGCAUCCGCUUUCAACCCCAGAGGACACUUUCACGAAAUUCAAUGGAGGACGCUACUUUUCACAGCUCGACUUAGCCGAAGCAUAUCUCCAAUUGGAAGUGGACGACGUCUCAAAGCAGCUACUCACUAUCAACACGCACCGUGGACUGUAUCACUUCAACCGACUACCAUUUGGAGUGAAACCAGCUCCUGGAAUAUUCCAACAAUGUAUGGAUGCUCUUAUCGCUGGCCUAGAUGGAACUGCCGCCUAUCUCGGCGACAUAUUGGUUACUGGAAAAACCAUCGGCGAAAACAAUGCCCGACUAGAGGCCGUACUCAAGCGGAUUCAAGAGUACGGAUUCCGCGUUCGACUCGACAAAUGGGCUUUCCUGCAGACGAAGCUCACCUACCUUGGGUUCGCCAUUAACGCACAAAGACGACUUCUGAAAAGAUCAAAGAAAAACUUCCAUAAUUCGUCAGUUUGGAUAGAAUUCAACUAUAAAAAUUUACUUCUGUGA